AUGUUUAUCACGUACCCAGUUCAAAAUAAAUCUACAUCGAUUGAGUCUGGUUCUAUGGAUCAAAACAUACAAAGCACAUUCACUAAGACCUCUCUAGUGAUUCAAGAAAUAUCAAGCCCGUUCUCUAAGCACAUUCCUAUAGAUCAGGAUUUUCAAAGCCCAUUUGUUGAAGCAAAAGUCAUACCUUCAGAAGGAGCUCAAGCUUCAAGAAGCUCUUUUGAAACACCCGAGCUGGGUAUCUCCAAAGUGAAUCUUGGUGAUUUAACUGCUCUAUUCAUUGAUUCGAAACAAUGCCUAUUUCAGAAGUUUGGUGAAGAAUUUCAACCCUUGAGUGUUGAAGGAGAAAAUAUCACUGCUUCUAGUUCAGGUCCCGUCAAUCAAACUUCACAAUCUUCAAGUGAAAGAGCUGCAAAACAUGCUCUGGAUGCUAACCUUGAUACAUUCUCAUCUUUGGGUCCUCUUUCUGCUGAAGAAAGAAGAGAGAAGAAAAUUAGGGUUGAGCAGCUGAAAGGGAAAAUGCUCUUGAUGAAGAAUUCAUACCAAGAUGCUAUGAAUGAUCACCUUGAAAUGUUCUUCAGGGAAACUGGGAAGAAGUUCAUAGAAUAA